AUGUCUCCUUUUGACGGCGACGGCGACCUACAUCCCAACCGCCAUCAACCCCUCAUCGAUGCCCUCACAAACUUCUAUCGUGUCCUCGCAGAAGUCUGCUACAUCCAGCCUUCUGACAUUCACUUCCCCCCCUACGGACCAGAAUUCAAUACUUCUCUCGGACUCUCGCUUGGCUAUAGCCCCGAAAGUCUCGAACUCUUGAGUAAACUACCAUAUUUGUCGCAAGAGUGUGAUAAUGCGGCUCCUACUGCCGUACACGCGUACACAUACUACUCUAUAAUACAGGUCUACUCUAGCGACUAA